CAUCAGGUUGCAAGUUUCAAGUUCCGCCGUUUUGUAAGUAGUACCCACUCCUGAAUAUUUAGGUCUCCCGUGGUUGCUCUGCACUAUAUAAACUUGGGCUUCUCUUCAGUUUUCUUUCUUGUGCAGUGUCUGUUAAUCUUGCCUUUUCUUUUAGCUUUCUCAGUUCAUCACCAACCAGAUUCACUCACUGUUAUACAAUGCAAUUCCAAAUCCUUUCUCUUCUCUCCCUCGCUGCCUACGUCAUCGCUGAAGACGUUACCGUUGUCGAGACCACCGACGUUGACACCCCAGUGUCCACUGUCACCUCUUUGACCACCGAGUGUGACGAGACCGUCACUGACUGUCCAUACAGAUCCCAGGAGACCACCGUCGCCGAGGAGGAGGCCACCACCGCUGUCGAGGAGACCAACUCUACCACCACUGAGGGUAACAUCACUUACUCCCUCACCAGCUGGGAGGGUGCUGCUGCCGGCACUUACGCCAAGGCCGGUGUUGCUGUCGCUGCCGGUGUUGCUGCUCUCUUGUUGUAAGCCGCUGACUAAGGAUUGC